AUGGCAUUUAGUAAUUUAUUUCGUCGUUAUUCAACUUCAAAUGAUAUACAAGCACCUAGUUAUGCAUAUAUGGAUGGAAAUUCUAUUGCUGAAACUUUAUUAGAAGAAUUAGAAAAUCAAUGUCGAAAUUCUUUAGCAUUAGGAUCAUUACAAAAUAAACGAGAUUCGGAUAUUGUAAGUAGUUCAAUAACUGGAUCAUUUUUGUCUACACAUAAUUCAUCACUUAAUGUCAUACCAACAAAACGACAUUCAUCUGUAGAUUAUUCAUGGUUAACACCAAGUACUAAUUUAUUACAAUCGACAAAUGAAUUAUAUCAUUUACCUGAUAUAAUUAAAAUGGAAUUAAGUGAAUUAAUACUUAAUGUAUUACCUGAAGAUUGUACAUUAAUAAUCAAUCAAUUUCGACGUCAUAUACGUGCUCAAACAAAACCAUCCACAUCAGAAAAUAUCAUUGCUUUAUUUCGUAAAACAAUUUCUGAUUAUAUUGAUCAAAAACAAAAAAAUCGUACAAAUACAAACAACAUCAAUGAUACAAUAAAUUCAAAUAUAAAAUCAAAUAAUAAAUGUUCAACAAAUAUAUAUUCAUUAGUACGAAAUAAUCGUAUUAAUCCCAAACGUCAAUUUGAUGAUGAACAACAUUGUAUUGCUGAACUUACAGAAAUUUCAAUAACAUCAUCAUCCAAUGAUGGAACAGAAAAUAAUCAUCCUCAUUCAUUGAGUCAUGCAUAA